AAAAAAAAAAAAAAAAAGAGAGAGAAGGGAGAGGAGAAGAGAGGAGAGGAAGGCCCAGAUCGCAGCGCAAUCCAGGAACCUUGCCCCUGCCUGAUAAUUAACUCUGCUGGUGAAGGCGGCUGGCUCUGGCUCCCCGGUUUGUCACUGGCAUGUGAGCGGACAGGGGCUCCUGCCGCCCUGCUGGCCCCUUACAGCCCCGCGGGCGGCUGCUCCUACAUUUCCUCGCCUAUAUACACAUACGCACACCCUCCGAGCUCGCCUCUGCGCUGACUGCAGACAUGAGACUCCAGCUGCUCCUUUGGACCGUGUUUUUGCUCCUGGCGAGCCUCCUCCCAGCCUACGGACAGCGGCCAGCCAACCUGGCCCUGCGCAGGAAGCUCCACCGGCACGGCUGCUCCCACCGGCGCUGCAUGCCGCUCCAUUCCAGGGUGCCCUUCCCCUGAACCCCCGCCCGAGCCUGCCCAGCAAUUUCAUAAUGGGCUUUUCAGUGUUUUAAAGGAGCAACAGUUAAACAGAUAGAGAAUUUAAAUUAGUCAAAAGUCCAGAUCGACAACAGCUGACCUGGCAGCCCCCAGAGUUUCAUCUUCAGCAAUCCUGUCUGUCACAUUCUGCUGGACCUGGAAGGGGUGGGGGAAGGGUGGUGAUGGAGGAUGUACAUGAAACUUACCGGGUUGAAUCAUUCGAGGUGAAUUCCUUGACUCUCCUAAUGACUAGUGAAAGUUAAAAACCAAAUUAAACUCAAACCUGAGCUGGGGUUCCAGUGGCAUUAAGAAGGAAGGAUCCAUCCAAGGGGACUCAUAAUGGUAUGUAACGUUCAGACUGAAUGAAACUGGAUGUGCUGUUAACUACUCAAUUCAGCCUGUAUAUAGGGCAGUAUUUAGGGUGAAGUAAUGUCAGACUCCAGCACAGAACUGUGUCCACUUCUGAUUUGUAGUUUUAUAUAUUAAUAAUAUAUACAUAUGUGUUUUAACGCCUAACAUUACAUCUUUAUGGAAUUACCUUAACAAUAACAUAGAAUGUGUUACUGUAAUAGUACCAAAGUCAGCAGGUCCUACUGGCUUCACAUAGAGUAAGCAUAGUGAGAGUUUACAAUAUAAGAAAGCAAAGAGAGUAUUAUUCCUCAUUCUGUAGAUAGAGAAUUGAAGCAUACAGAGAUAAGAGAUUAGCCAACGGUCAUGCAAAACUGAUAACUCAGAUCUCUUAAGUCAGGCCUUAAGGUCAAGCCCAUCCUGUUGUCUAAUGAGCUGUUACUGCAAAGCCUAUCAUUUGUUCUCUUACACUGGGCUGCCAAACCAGACAGUUAAAACAGUACUACAGAGCUGUUUGCUUAGUAGUUUUCCUAAAAUACCCACUGCAGUAUUAUAAAUAGAGCAUAAAAAUAGACCAUUGAAAAGAAACCUUUGUUUGAUCAACCAAAGUGUUGUGUAGUACUCUAUUCCUGUAAUUUAAAUGAAUGGGAUAUUUGAACAUGGCACUACAAUGAAUGAGAAUUUCAGACAGAAAACAGCCUGUUCUUUUCAGCACUGUAGGUCGACAAGACAUUUAACUUUAGAGUUUUGUUCUUAAAAAUACACGUUUCACAUCUCCUUUUUAUAUCAGCGGAAAUUACAUACCUAUAUAUAAAAGAAAAUGUAGUAGCCCUUUCAUUAGCACAACUAAAACAAACCUUAAAAUAAAACAUAUUCAGAUUUUUAAGUCAUUGCACUAGACUUGAAAUGUCAUUAUUUUUUAAAAAACGUAUAAAGAUGAGCAAAGAUAAAGAUAACACUGUCAUGGUUUAAAUCCAGUAUUAAAAUUUUCUUCUUGCAACACCUAAUUUCUAAUAAAUGAAAGAACAGCAAUCAAGAAAACUGUGUAGUUGAAACUUCCUAAUCGAUGUCUAUAUGUAAUCCCUUAUAUCUAAGAACUUGAAAACUUAAUUGAAUUCAUACUCUUAUAACUUAACAGGAGUUUCAAAUUUCUCUGCAUACAGAAAAAAAAAAAAUAACAUCACACCCUAUUCCAGAGUUGUGGAAAACCAUCAUAAAAAGGUGGUCAAACUUGUCUAUACCAACCAAUAGUCCUGCAGGUAAACCUUUGGAGUCUUGAAAAAAAAAGCAGUUUUCCAAAGAGGCUUAAUAUAUUUUUUAAAUUAUUUAUUUAACUUGGCUUUCAUCCGUAUCAAUGGCUAUCUCUGUUUAGAAGUACAGGUAAAGAGUGUGGGAAAGCAAGAAAAGGAGUAGCUGUUUAACAGUUAUGUCAUAUAUGAGUUAAUGGAUCUAAUGUGGCACUGGAUAUUUCAUAUAACCAUAAUUAUUCAAUUAACUUUGAUAAAAUUGUAAGAAAAACAUAAUGUAUCUAAUAAGAAGCUAUAUAUGCAUGUUCCUUCACAGAGGAAGCCUGUUGUCAGUCUGCAAAAUUAUUCUAAAUGUCUGUUCUUUAAGACAUGCUGAUACCAUAAAAUCUUUGAAAAAGACAUUGAUUGUGAUCUUUGAUAGAUAUGUUUAUCAACUGGUUGGUUGAUUGUAUAUUUUGUACAAAGACAGUAUGCAUUUCAAAUAAUAUCUCAUUUAAAAUAAACUUCAUACAGUUCUCAAAAUCUA